UAGCAAGCAGAAACUAUCGCUGAGAAUCCGUAAUUAUGAUGUAGUAAAUAUGGAAUUUCCCGAAGAGAAAGACUUACUUGAAACGAAUGGUAUCAUAAUUACCGGUUCUGCCUCAUCAGCGUAUGAAGAUGUUCCAUGGAUUAAUCGUCUCGUUGAUUUUACGAAACUUGUUAUCGACAAACAUCAAGAUAUUAAAUUAAUUGGUAUUUGUUUUGGUCACCAAAUUGUAGCCAGGGCCGUAGGUGGCCAAGUUAUUAAAAAUUCAUUGGGCUGGGAGGUUGGUGUAACUGAAGUUUCACUCACAGAUGUCGGAAAAAAAAUUUUUAAAACAGACAACAAAGUUUUAGUAAAGUCAAUAUUUGUUAUUAGGUUUACUUCAAAAUCUCCAAUUCAAGGAAUGAUAAAGGGCAAUCAAGUUUUAACAGUUCAAGGUCACCCUGAAUUUGUUAGUGAAGUGGUAAAAUUAAUGACUAAUGAUCGAUUAGAUAAAGGAAUUUUUGCUCCAGAAUUUGCACAUACUGCGUUGGAGGCUGCUGAUGAUAAGGAUGAUAGCUUAUUGAUUGGACAAAGAUUUAUUGAAUUUAUGACUGGUUAA